UACACGCCUCGCCAGCAGCAUCAGGACCACUGCGAUGCGAGUAAGAAGAUGGUGCUUGUAAACACGCCGAGAGAAAUGACCGUGUUGUUUUGUCGAACUACCGUCGCCGCGAACAUUUUUUAAUGUCGCUACAAUUUUUUGACGACAAGAAGGCGAUUUUUUUUAAACACACAAAAGCGCGCAAGCCAACGCACCGGAGCGGAGACGGUAAUGCCAACAAUUAAUGACAACUGGUUCAAGUCAGCCGCUUUAAACCUCUGCUGCGCAACUACAAAAGCGUUCCUCGCAUGUCAUCGCAUAUGACGGGAUUUCUUGUGUAAUGGUCGUCGGUUUCUAGUGGGAUGCACAUCAGUGUCUUGCCGUACUCGCUCUCCGUCGUAAUGGCAGCUCUGUACCAUGGCACGGACGCUUCCUCUCCGGACAGAUUCCUGGCCUUGAAAGACGUGAGAGAAGUGAAAGAGGAGACGACUCUGGAUGAGAAGCUCUUCCUGCUGGCAUGCGAGAAAGGCGACUACUACAUGGUGAAGAAACUGCUGGAGGAGAACAGACACGGCGAGCUCAACAUCAACUGCGUAGACGUCCUGGGCCGAGAUGCAGUGACCAUCGCCAUUGAGAACGAGAACCUAGACAUCCUUCAGCUUCUCCUGGAGUAUGGCUGCCAGGCAACAGACGCUUUGCUGGUGGCCAUAGACUCAGAGGUAGUAGGAGCUGUGGAUAUUCUCCUCAACCACAGGCCAAGGAGAUCUUCUAAGCCCUCUAUUGCUAAACUGAUGCAGCGCAUCCAGAACCCAGAGUAUUCCACUACCAUGGACGUGGCUCCGGUCAUCCUGGCAGCCCACAGGAAUAACUACGAGAUCCUGACCAUGCUGCUGAAACAGGACAUCUCUCUUCCCCGGCCUCACGCUGUUGGCUGCGAGUGCACGCUUUGCAAUGUUAAAAACAAGAAGGACAGCUUACGACACUCCAGGUUCCGUCUCGACAUCUACCGCUGCCUAGCCAGCCCCUCUCUCAUCAUGCUGACAGAGGAAGAUCCCAUACUCAGGGCCUUUGAGCUGAGUGCAGACCUAAAGGAGCUCAGUCUUGUUGAAGUGGAGUUCAGGACUGACUAUGAGGAGCUGGCGAAGCAGUGUAAGAUGUUUGCCAAGGACCUGCUAGCUCAGGCUCGAAACUCUCGGGAGCUAGAAGUGAUUCUCAACCACACAUCCAGCGAGGAUCAUGUUGACAAGAGAGGCUUACUGGAGGAGCGCAUGAACCUCAGCCGACUUAAACUUGCCAUCAAGUACAACCAAAAAGAGUUUGUGGCUCAGUCCAACUGUCAGCAGUUCCUCAACACUGUCUGGUUUGGAGAGAUGGCCAGCUACAGGCGCAAACACACCUGUCUAAAAAUGGCUACCGUUCUGACUGUGGCUAUGCUUUGGCCUCUCCUGUCUCUCUGCUACCUUCUGGUGCCACGCUCCCGAGUUGGCCAGAUAAUCCACACCCCUUUUGUUAAGUUCAUCAUCCACAGCGCCUCCUACUUCACCUUCCUGCUGCUGCUCAACCUGUACUCUCUGGUGUACAAUGAGCAAAAGAAGAACAUAAUGGGGCCUCCACUUGAGAUGAUUGAUUACCUGCUCAUCCUCUGGAUUAUAGGAAUGGUGUGGUCAGAUGUGAAGCGUCUGUGGUAUGAGGGGCUGGAAGACUUUUUGGAGGAGUCUAGGAACCAGCUGAGUUUUGUGAUGAAUUCCCUCUACUUAGCCACCUUCGCUCUCAAGAUUGUUGCUCAUAGCCAGUUUAAAGAGGCACAGAAAGACAGGAAGGACUGGGAUGCCUUCCAUCCCAUCCUGGUGGCCGAGGGUCUGUUUGCCUUCGCCAACGUUCUUAGUUACCUGCGACUUUUCUUCAUGUACACCACAAGCUCCAUACUGGGCCCACUACAGAUCUCCAUGGGUCAAAUGCUGCAGGAGUUUGGAAAGUUUUUGGGCCUCUUCCUGCUUGUGUUAUUCUCCUUCACCAUUGGACUCACCCAGCUCUAUGGAAAGGACCAAAAAGAUAAGGACAAGAACCCACCCAAGGACUGCGAGGGCAUCUUCUGCGAGCAACAGAGCAAUGAUGCAUUCCACACAUUCAUGGGGACCUGCUAUGCACUGUUCUGGUACAUCUUCUCCCUGGCGCAUGUUGCACUCUUCGUCACCCGCAUCAGUUACACAGAGGAGCUGCGCUCUUUUGUUGGUGCCAUGAUCAUAGGCACCUACAACAUCGUGGUGGUUAUCGUGCUGACCAAGCUGCUGGUGGCCAUGCUCCAUAAAAGCUUCAGACAAAUUGCUAAUCACGAGGAUAAGGAAUGGAAGUUUGCCCGGGCCAAACUGUGGCUUAGCUACUUUGAUGACAAGUGCACACUGCCUCCACCCUUUAACAUCCUCCCUUCCCCAAAGACUGUCUGCUACUUGGUGACCAGCCUGAGCAAGUGGAUCUGUUCACAUACCUCAAAGGGCAAAGUGAAGAGACAGAAUAGUCUUAAGGAAUGGAGGAACCUGAAGCAGAAACGUGAUGAGAACUACCAGAAGAUCAUGUGUUGUCUAGUUCACCGCUACCUGACCUCCACCCGGCAGAAGAUGCAGAGCACAGACCAGGCAACAGUGGAAAAUCUGAAUGACCUUCGCCAAGACCUGUCAAAGUUUCGCAAUGAGAUGAGGGACCUGUUGGGCUUCCGGACCUCCAAAUACGCCAUGUUCUACCCAAGGAGCUAAAAAAAAAAAAAAAGACUUGUUAUUCUUUCCCUUCCCUCCUGCCCUGUUGACAAAAUCUUUGCUUCUUGUUUAUCUGGGAUGCUGUGUGACCCGAGCAUGUGCAAAAAAAAAAGAAAAGGAAAAAAAACUCUGCUCUUUUCAGUCACAGAGGCUAUUAAACCUCACUUUUAAGCCUGGAACUUAACUAGAAAAAUAUGUAUUCUCCACCAAAGCCUCCAGACUCAGGCCUCCUAUCUAUUACUCAGCUAUGUAACCUUUUUUUGUAAAUAAAAAAAGCCAUUGUUU